CCCAUUCAUCCUUCCUACAAAGCUGUUUUCCUCAUCCAUAUCUCAAUCGGUCGAUCAGGGAAUUCCCGUGGCCAUGGGGCCGACGGCGACGCCAUGUGUCACCGCGCUGCCGCCUGGGUCACCCAAGUGUGUGGGUGGGUGGCCGCCACACGCUCGCUGCGUGUGCUCGCCUCCCUCCUCCCACACUAGCCGCGGCCAUCUCUCUCCCGCGAACUGCCUGCGCCAGCUCGCCCUCCCCCGUCAGCCCCCACCCGGUGCCCAGCGGAUCACCUGACCGGAGGUCGAUCAGAACCAAGAUCCGUCGAGGGUGAGCAACAGUAAUCUGGGCAUGGUGGCUGAGUCGGAGAGCUCAGAUUCACUGCCUGGCAGUUCAAAUGCUGCUGCCGAGAAGCCCGUUAAUGGGUCUCUUGACCAAAGAUCUCAGGAAAAGGCUCCAAAGAAAACUCAUAAAGCUGAACGAGAGAAGCUUAAGCGUGACCACUUGAAUGACCUUUUUCUUGAGCUCAGCAGUAUGCUAGAUCUAGAUCGACAAAAUACCGGAAAAGCUUCAGUAUUAGGUGAUGCUGCGCGAGUGCUGCGAGAUCUGGUUACUCAAGUGGAAUCUCUUAGAAAGGAACAGUCUGCUCUUCUAUAUGAACAUCAAUAUGUCAGCUCAGAGAAGAAUGAGCUGCAAGAUGAAAACACUACACUCGAAGCUCGAAUAUCAGAACUACAAAAUGAGCUUCGUGCAAGGAUGGGAAACAACACCGUCAAUCUAAGCAGUGUUGUGAUGUCACAUCCUAUGGCGAAUGCUACUACUAGUCCUGAUUUAGCGACUCAAUCCAUGUCUCAUCAGAUAUGGAGCAGCGUUCCUAAUUUAAGCACCGUGGCCAUGACACACUCAACAAGAACACUAUCACCGUUGCACAAUCAGCAGCAUCACUCUGCUGAUGCUGCUCAAAUUUACGCACCACGGCCUCAGGAGUUGCAGCUUUUUCCCGGGACAUCAUCGUCACCAGAGCGUGAAUGUUCCCGACUUAGAAGGGCCCCGGCAACUUCUUCAAGCCUGACGGAUUCUUUGCCAGGGCACCUUCGUUUAAGCCUUCCACAAUCAUCUCAAGAAGAAAGCAGCAGCGGUGUAUCACGCAGAAGAAAAGAACGGAAAAACGGUUAGCUAAUUGACAGCGCUUGAAUCAGUAUUCGGUGAUAGCGGUUGUCCUGUAAAUACGCCGAAUCCACUCCCUUUACUGAAUCAAACCUGAUCUUAUAGUUGCUCUGUAUUGAACUGUGACUCUGUAGCGCUUGUACUAAACACUUCCAGUCAUGUUGGCGAUAUUUCUGCUGCAGGUUAAACAAACUUGUAAGUUAGAAUUCACCGGUCCUUGCGAUAUGUUUUCCUUGAGGUUGUAAGCUGUAAUGGAUCACCAGAGUAUCUAAUAUUGCAAAUAAUGUGUUCCUUAGUUGGAAGAGAAAAUAAAAAGAAAUGCAAUUGGAUGGUUA